GUUGUAUUGAUGUGUUGCAGACGGUGACAUUCUACCAUCAGGGUCGCACUAGGCGUCAGGAGAAUUCAGUAGAGAAGUUGACAUUCUACAACCACACUGAAUGCGAGUGCCAGGACGCCGCCGGUGAAGAGAUGCCAAGAGACGCCACUUUUCAACGCCACACUCAUCUCAGGACUAACAUUGCUGAAAAAAUCUGCCGAUGUCCCAGUGAAUAUACAGUGCGGCAUUUGGCCAACGGUUCGUGUACAUGCGACUGUUUUGACAAACAACGUGACUGCAUCAAAUACAAAAAGGGCAACGAGUAUUUCAGUCACAACGAUCGACUAUGCAUUGAAAUGGAGACGUGUCUUCAGCCCACCUGUGAUUUUGGCGUUUACAUGCGGCGGUCUGGAAGGUGUCCAAAACGUACGGAGAAAUUUCGAUCUUGGCAAAGAUACACAUAGAGUCAUACGCCGACAGAUGCUUUAAAAUACAAUAUUUGAUUGCACUGUUCACAACAGACAUUUGAAAUCAUAUGCCGUCGUAUUGUUGAGAGCAUCUAGAGAAUGAAUCACAACCUCGGUAUGUGGAUAUUUCUUCCAACAGUUGAAGAUUGUCAUAAACCAUUGGACAGUUGAUAACAUAUUAUUGUUUCUGUGUGAAACUUACUACUAUGAAACAAUGUAGUGUGAAAUGUUGAGCCCGCUAGAUAAUUCCUAGGCUAGAUGAGUCUAAUGGUGCUCGAAUCAGGAGGAGGUAGAGGUUCGAGAUAGAGGUAAAAAGUAAAUUUGAGAUAGAGGUACCUCAAUGUAAUACAAAAAUGUUGCAUGAUGGGGCACCCUCAUGGUUAUAGGAGCUCGAGGUAAACCGUUCUGUAAACCUCUAUCUAGAAUCGACCUAUCAAGAGGUCUAUCUCGAGGUCAGUGGCACCAUUUCACCAAACUCCUAUGGAGGGGGGGGCAAAAACCAGGAGGUAAGAGGGGUGUAUGAAAUACCGUACCCCCAAAGGAUAGAGGGUCCUGGGUUUUUACCCAUUGAUAUUACAUUCGAAGAUGUUAAUAUAUGCUUCAUUUGUUCUAGUUUUAUACAAAUGUGGUUGAAGUAUCAAUACAAACAUAUAUAUUAUUUGUAGUUAUAGAUUAAAUCAUGAAAUAUUUACUAGAGAUAUUCAGAGAGGCUCAAAAGUAGGAAUACACUGAAGCAGAGUUGUUAAAAAUCAUGGAAACAGAUUAACUUUUC